AUGUCGUGCUCCAGUGGAUCAGCACCUCCCCCUCCUGCCCCCUUCCUGCCCCCUGUCACCCAGCUGGGUCUUUCUCGUGGCUCCUCACCUCCUCCUCCUCCUCCUCCAAACCUCCGUCAGCGCCGAUCAAUGUACUCCCCGGAGCAGGAAAACAUCUCCACCACCGCCUCCACCAAAGUGCCAGUGAAGUAUGGAGAGCUCAUUGUGCUGGGGUACAAUGGCUCCCUGCCCAACGGGGACCGGGGCCGGCGCAAAAGCCGCUUCGCGCUCUGCAAGAGGCCGAAGGCCAACGGGGUGAAACCCAGCACAGUGCACAUCGCCUGCUCUCCACAAGCAGCCAAGGCCAUAAGCAACAAAGACCAGCACAGCAUCUCUUACACUCUGUCCCGAGCCCAGACGGUGGUGGUGGAGUACACCCACGACAGCAAUACAGACAUGUUCCAGAUCGGGCGCUCCACGGAGAGUCCCAUCGACUUUGUGGUGACGGACACGGUGGCCGGCAGCCAGAGCAACGCCGACACCCAGUCGGUGCAGAGCACCAUCUCCCGCUUCGCCUGCCGCAUCAUGUGCCAGCGCACGCCGCCCUACACCGCGCGCAUCUACGCCGCCGGCUUCGACUCCUCCAAGAACAUCUUCCUGGGGGAGAAAGCUGCCAAGUGGAAGACCCUUGACGGUCAGAUGGACGGGCUGACCACCAACGGCGUGCUGGUGAUGCACCCCCGCCACGGCUUCACGCAGGACUCCAGGCCGGGCGUCUGGAGGGAGAUCUCCGUCUGCGGGAACGUCUUCACCCUGCGGGAGACGCGCUCGGCGCAGCAGCGGGGGAAGAUGGUGGACACGGAGAGCCAGGAGCUGGUGGACGGCUCGCUCAUCGACCUGUGCGGCGCCACGCUGCUGUGGCGCACGGCGGAGGGCCUGGCGCGCACGCCCACCCUGAAGCACCUGGAGGCGCUGCGGCAGGAGAUCAACGCGGCGCGGCCGCAGUGCCCCGUGGGCUUCAACACGCUGGCCUUCCCCUCCAUGCGCCGCAAGGACACGCCCGACGACCGGCAGCCCUGGGUCUACCUGCAGUGCGGCCACGUGCACGGAUACCACAACUGGGGCAACCACCGCGAGGAGCGGGAGGGCCGCGAGGGCCGCAGCAGGGAGUGUCCCAUGUGCCGGGCCAAGGGCCCCUACGUGCCGCUGUGGCUGGGCUGCGAGGCGGGCUUCUACGUGGACGCCGCGCCGCCCACGCACGCCUUCAACCCCUGCGGCCACGUGUGCUCGGACAAGACGGCGGCCUUCUGGAGCCAGAUCCCGCUGCCCCACGGCACGCACACCUUCCACGCCGCCUGCCCCUUCUGCGCCCAGCAGCUGAGCGGCGAGCAGGGCUUCGUCAGACUCAUCUUCCAGGGGCCGCUCGACUAG